ACGGACUACACAUUUGUGUCGUUCAGUGCUCAGCAGGUGCAGAGGUGGAUGGCAGACGAGGGCGCCCGCGGGUGGCCAGAGAUAGCGGAUGGACGACGCAGAGAGGGACGACAUUCAGGACGCCCUCGAUGAGGAGGGCUGCGAGGGUGGGGCCAGGGAGGGGACGGUUGUAGACGUGGCAGACGAGGCAGUCGGAGAGCCUAACCUGCCAGGGGAGGAGGUGGUGAUGACGUCGAGAGGAGUCGGUGGAGCGAGUCCUGCUACUAGGGCGCCGCGAGCUGAGGUGGAGCGCGUGAGGAAGGAGAAGAGGACAGUGGGGCAGGCUGGUGUCGAAGUGCUAGACAUGGGCAGGGAGAAGAGGGUUCAACAGACCACGAUUGACGAGAUGUAUGCCAGGGAGAAGUUGGCCGAGUUCACAGACGCGUGGCUUCAGUGGAUCUACGUGAAGAAGUUGCCAUUCAACGCCUUCCGUGGUCCGGAGUUCCAGAGGGUGCGGCAGGCAGCAGAGAGAGUGCCUCGCUCUAUCCAGUUCCGGUUUUCCUCCUACAGGGUUAAAGCGGGCGCCGGUAUCCCUUCGCAGAGGGCGAAGGUGGCGACGAUGGUGAGCGAGGUGCGCGCCACUUUCCGGCACAGCGGUGCCACUAUCCUUUCUGGCGGGAGGAAGUCGCGCAGCGGCAAGCCGUUCGUGAACUUCCUCGCCGGGGAUGCUAACGACGCCCUGCUAUAUGCCACCGUCGCACGUGACAGGCCGACGAGACGCGUUGCAGAGCAUGUUGCACGGGGAUGCUUGGGCACGCAUCCCGUGGGAUCGUGCCCACGUAUCUCAGGCGCAGUGGGUGCAACAGCAGAUCUGGGAUGGGGAGUUUUGGCAGCGUGUCCAUUACGCCAUCCUAGUCAUGUUGCCCGUCCACCAGCUGCUGCGCAGAUGUCCGUCGUUUACGAGUGGAGUCAGCAUCUACUGCAGUUGAUGGGCAGGGUCGACGUACCGACGGACAUGAUCGAGCCGUGCGUGCAUGAGGUUGCCAUCCGCAACCUCCACAUGCUAGAGCCCGCACAUGCCGCGGCCCACCUCCUCAACCCUCGUCGACGGUCCCUCACGUAUUACCAUUCGAUGGAGACGACCACCGACGACUGCCAUGUGGUCGAGGAGUGCGACAGAUUUUUCCUGGCGCAGACCGGCAUCGAUCCGGUCGGCUUAUUGUACAGGACCGUGAGGGACCAGAUGAGGGCGUUCAACUCGAGGCGAGGGGAUUGGGGAGAUCGUGACCUCUCCGAUGCCGAGGCGGCCGAUUGCAGGGGGGACAGUGAGACCGAGCGAUGUGCAGCGUGGUGGUUCGAGCAUGGACGUGCCCACCCGGAGUUGCGCACCAUCGCCAUCCGUGUCAUGAACUUGUGGACGACUGCCUCUCCAGCGGAGAGGAACUGGGCGGAGCACGAGCGCGUCAGCACCGCAAGGCACUGCAAGCUUGGGUUCGCCAAGCUUGCACAGCUGGUUGAGAUUGCCAGCAAUCUCAAACUAGCCUCGUGCGCACAGCAGGGUGGUGGCUACGUGUUGCCAUGGGUUAUGGGGACCGUUCGGGGGGGGACGGCGGCAGAGGAGGAGGAUGAGGAGGGACAUGUGGAGCCCGAGGUGUGGGGAGCGCGACCUGAUGGCAGUGUUCUCGAGCAGGAGAUCCAGCGACAGAUUGUCGCUUUCCGUGACUGCCGACCGACCAGAGCCCGUUCGGUUCGGGACGUGUUCGACAGCAGAGCGACGGAGCUGCGACCGUGGCCGGAGGGUGGGGAUGAUGUGGACGCUGCUGCGGCAGACGACGACAUCGACAAGAACUGGACUGACGAUGAUGACAGACCGCUGAGUCACGACCCGACGGCUGAGCGAGUGUACUUCACUUAUGGUGGGGGUCGCGAGUGGCAGCGCAGAGCCGACGGUGGUCUUGGAGGACGUUCGCAUGCGGAGGUUCGCAUGGACGACUCGGGGGAGCAGCAGCCACGGGGAAAUCUUUGGCACACAAGCAGGCGUUGGGAGGUUAGGACCGAUAGCGAGGCCGAGGGGGAGGCCGAGGAUGAGGAGGUGCCCCUUCACGAUCGUCGCUUCUCUCCCUCCCAUUAUCCGAUCUUUGCACAGCCCGAGGCACUUAGGCGUUCGGAGAGGUUGGCGUCGGCAGCAGGCAGAGACCGGACACAUGACGGCGAGCAUCGUGGGGGGGAGAGGACUCCUUCCGACGCUGGUAUCCGCCCUUGCUCGCCGUCGGUGCUCCGCACACAGGACUUCGAGGACAUAGGGCUUGGUGGGAGCUUGGGAGAUUUGAGUGUCGAGGGACGUCGACGUGCCUCACCGCAGGAUGUGCGCACAGACGCGGGCGUUGAGCGGGGCCCUGUUGAGACUGAGGAGGAGAGGGAUGCCCGUUUGGACCGAGAGGAGGAGGAGCGGCUGAGGAGUUUGCCACAGUGGGAGGGUCGGUUCACGUAUCUUGACGAGCAGCGUUGGCAGAGGGACUUGGAGACAGGAGUGGGGGAGAACCGUGACGUCGACGACUCGGGUGUCCCUGAGGAGGCGGUUCAGGGGGAGUUCGAUUAUGAGGGGCAGGAUGUUGCCGCGGGUGGUGGGUCAGGUGGUGGACGACGUGGCGACAAGGAGACCGCGGGUGUCCCUGAGGGGCAGGAUGUUGUCAUGGGCGGUGGAUCCCCUAGUGGGGGCCGUGGCGACAGCGAGACCGCGGGUGAUGAGGGACAGGGUGCCGCAGUGUGCGCCAGAGGAGAGGGUCGGGAGAUGGGGACACCGUGGGUGUUGGUGGAGACGAUGGACCGACUGGCGACGAUGACAACGACCACGGUCCCGUGGACGAUCCGUAUAGGCUCGCCUUGGUGUUGAAGGAUCUCACAGUGCCUCCAUUGCGCCCUGCCGACACAGCGCACACUUUCUU